GUUGCCACGUCAUCGCUGCGCAGACAUGGCCGCUGCUCCGCUGCGCGUGUACCGCGCCAUUCUGAAGGAGUUGAGACUUCUAAAGGGGCCGCAGUAUAAACACACGAUGGCGUACAAUUAUGUGACGGAACAAUUUCGCAAAAACCAGGUGAGUGGGGAACGUUACUGUCGUGCUCAGAGGGAAGCUGUUCACACCUCUCACACCUACCUGUGUCUGCUCUCGUCAACACGGCAACACAUGGAGCUGCACAGGCUGUACCACGGGCGUGGCGAGUGCAGCCCGGAGGAGACAGCCGGCCGUGUGGGACUCCGCCUCCCAUCCCAACCUGGCGGCAAGGGCUGGGAGAACUGAGGAAGAGGAGGAGGAAGGACAGCACAGGAGGACCAGACAGUGGGUUCCCAGCAGCACUGUGGCAAAGCAGAGACCCACCCAGACCAACGAGAGUCCGUUUCCAGUCUGUGUGCGCACACACCCUCUGGCUUUUCUAUGGUCCUGAAUUAGAACAUUUUGUAAAUAUGCUUUUCUUCAUGUGAAAAAUGUAAUCCAACUGAUUGUUUGUUUAAUAUUUACAUAAAUAUCCCACACAUGUAUAUACAUUAGGACUUUCAGAAUAAAUUUCAAUGUUCAAAUAA